UUCUCUCUGAUUUCCUCCCCUUCUCUUCUCCCUCUCUGCUGCUUUUUGUUUAUGAUUUACUGUCAAAAAGAAAGACAAAUGAACGUCAUGGUGGAUUCCUGCUGCGCUAGUCUUGUCCUGCUUCGAUUCCUUAAGCAUGCCGUCUCCUUAUUAUCUCUUGUAACGAAAUGGUUCCUUUUCCCCUGCUACGACGCCUGGUGGCCUAAUUCUUCUUCGCCGGAGAGGGACGGAAAAGGAACCGAGGCCAGGGAACGGCACCGCGCAGCCGCCCGGGCUGUGCGGACGGCCCUUGGGGUCGCCACCUACGGCGAACUGGUGGCCGAUCAGGAAGCGGCGGGCUUUUGCGCCGUGUGCCUUUGCAGGGUGGGGCCCCGCGACCGCGUGCGCGAGCUGCGCAGCUGCCGGCACGUGUUCCACAGGCGGUGCCUCGACCGAUGGCUCGACCACGACGAGCGCCUCAGCUGCCCGCUCUGCCGCGCGACGCUCCUCGACCUGCGAGGGGCGUCGGUUCAGCCGCCGGCGCCGGCGCAGCCCAGCUGGGCAGUCGAGCGCCUGCUAUACCUAUUCGGGGAUGACGUCCUCCUCGCUGAUCCUCAUCAGUCAUAGCUUCGCCUGCUGCUACGUGCCCCUUUUUUAUUGGCUGCCGGGGAGAAUUUCUGUCGAUAUGUCAUUAACCUUAGAUUGUAGUGGUGUACAAAUUUUGCUUGUUGGUGGGGAAGAAAUUGGGAGACCCAAGUUGGGAAGCUGGUAUCUUCCACAAGGCCUCUGACAAACAAAUAGAGCAUUUUUGGGGCUAGUAACUUCCCUUUACGUUUGUUGGAGUGUAGAUCUUUACCUGCAAAUGAAACGAUUUGAAUGUUGUUGUUA